CAGGGUGCGAAUCACUUUGACCAGUAUGAAGAUGGCCAAGUGGACCUGGAGCAGGCGUCUCUGGACAAGCCCAUCGAAUCGAAUUUGUUUGUGUUUGUAGGACAGUUAUCUUAUUGUACACAACUUGGGGUGUUCGACAUUUCUCUCCUGCAGCGAAUUGGCCCCCCUAUUAGCUAAGCAGCCAUGACCCGGUUUGUAUUUGCACGCUCUGCUUUCUUACUCCUGUCUCUAGGGUCCUUGUAAAGCUUUUCUUGACUGUUUUUGUCUCUUUCUUGCUCUUACUCACCACUGUUACACUCAAAAUCUCCAUUCUCCCUAUCUCUGUCUUUCUGUUUCGCUCUCUCCCUACUACACAGUGAUUCGGUGUACAGUACCCUCUGUCAUUCUGUGCUGGCAUGGUGCUUGUGCAACUGGGAUUGCAUUUUUUUUCUUCUAAGGAGGCACGUGAAGAAUAGCGCAGGCAGCUCUCUCUUUUUAUUGUCUGCCGUCCUCUCCGUCCCUUCUUAAAGUGGUCUCUGAAGCCUUGGGUUAAGCAGGCCCACGCCCCUCUUUGCUUCCUUGGAGUUGAGCCAGCUCUCUUCUGGAUGUUCUAUGUGAACCAGUCAGACUGGAACCACAACCAGCACCAGAUCUGAAAUGAUUGCAGUGAUCUGUAAGUGAUGAUGCACCAAAAGUAAAGCUGUAAUGAAAUAUUUCUGUUUGACCCCUAUUCCCGCACAAAGGAAGUUAUCCACUCCUGUGUGGGUGGUGGAGAGGUAUGAAAAAUGCAAAAGGGCGAGAGGAUGCCUGCUUACCUGGCUUGAGUGGCUCUUCUGCUCCUGCGCUAUUAUUUAUGGAUGGGAGGAGGGGGCACCGAGAGAUGAGCUACAGUAUUCAACCAUACAAAGUCGUGACAGAAAAAAGUGGUCAAAUUAUCAAAGAAUACUGCUACGUAUAGUGGUACCUUGAUUUUCGAGGUUAUUCUUUCAGAGACACAGAUUGUUGCUCCACUUACUCGUAUAUCAAAUCAAUAUUCCCUAUUGGAAUGAAGGGAAUUCCUUGAAUCUGUUCAAACCCCCAGAAAACACUACGUUUUUUGUUUUAAAAAUUACACUGUAUUGUAUUCAUGUAUAAUAAAUCCUAAUAAAAGAUAAUUUAAAGAAAUUGAUUUUAAAAAAGCAUAAUUACUGUACAUUGGGAAGAAGUCACAACUGCGCUGUGUGUGCUUUUAAGAGGGCGGGGCCUAGUGCGCGACACCAGGAACAUAAUCGGUUAGACUGUAAGCUCCUAGAUGUGAGUUUUGGGCUACUGCAGCUGGUUGUGAGUGUUUUCACUUUAUAUUUGUGUGACUGUACCAUUCAAUAAACGGCGAAGAUGGUGUCCAUGACUGUCUCUUCCCCCCCCCCCCCCCCCCUCUCCAUUUCACAUGAACGUCAGCAGACCUGAAGACCACUCGUAAUUCCAAUUUUCGCUUUUAGCACAAAGCAAAAAAUUGACCAAGCUCAUGACUCACAAAACUUGGGGCACUCGUAAAUCAAGGUACCAUUUCCUUUGCGUAGCCUGAUCGUGAUCACUGACUGAUGUGACUGGUUCAUCAUGGCCUCUUGGAGACCCUCCCCCCCGGCCUCUUGUUUUAUGCCAUCUAUAGGCGCUAGAGGUCUAUGGUACUUGACUGGGGUCUUUUACUCUUGUCCUCCCCCCCCUCUCUGUUUUGAUCUUUGCUCUUCUCUCUAACAUUGGUUUUGCAUUGCAUGCGUGGUAGCAUUCAGUACGACAUCACCAAUGGUUCUCCCGACUCUCCUCCCUCCGGUCUCCUUUUUACCCCACCCCUCUUCAAUCAUCCAUCCCUACCCCCAGCCUUGUUUUACCUGACCCCGCCGUUCCAACACUAGACCCAGAGCGAUAUGCAGUGGGCACCCUCGGAGCCAAAAAAUGUACCCCAAUCCCUACACAGACUCGCUAUCAAAAGCAAACUCUAUUCCCAAUCAAUCAUCCUCAUUAGUUACAGCUGACUUCCUUUUAAAGAAAUCUCUUCAACUUUCCUCCGAUGGAAUUUUAGUCCGUCCAAAAACAAUUCAGCUUCAGCUUGAAAGAUUUGGUCAUCAGAAUGAAGAGGUAAGUAUACUGUCUGUAUAUGUUACUAACUGUACUUGGCAUAGGAAAUGUAGCAGUAACUCUGAUUCACUGAGUCACAACCAUCCGAAUUUCUGUCUUGAUUGUCGCACAACCAGUACACUGUACCACUGCCACGCGAAAAGUUUUAAUAAUAGGCCCUAUGAAGGUAUGUGCUACAUAUACCAACAUACAGACCAGUUCUUAAGCACAGUCAUCCCAGAAUCUUACAAAUGAUUGGAUUUUUUUGCUUCCUCUCAACCACGUCAGUCAUAUUUCUCACACACAAUUAUAUACACUCAACCCCCAAUUGGUUGCGUAGACUGAUUACAUUAGUACUCUAAGGUCUCUAGGUGGGCUCCGCUGCAUAUCUCUUCCUUCGGCCUUAUCUUUGCAAGGGGCACUGUGCCGGUAACAGCGCAGUGCAUACUUUCUAAAACCCGGCCACAGUUUGUAGAGGUGUUUUGUUUGGAUAUUGUUUUCUGCUUUUCCUCUCUCCUUUAUUAACAGUUGGUGGAUUUUUUUUGUUGUUGUUGAAUUUUUUUUACAUGCCUACCUUUUCUGUUUGUAUACCGUAUUGUUUGCUUUUUAAAAAAGCAGAGAGAAGCAGUUUUAGAUUUUUUAAUUUAUUAUUAUUAUUUUUUUUAAAGAAGUACAGAAGCUAGCAGAAUAGCAGUUGAAAGGGUUUGGCUCAUUUCUUACGUUGUGUCACGUUUGACUGUUUUUUUGACAGCCCAGUAUUUUAAAGCCAGGUUCGUAUGGAAAUGCCUUCACUCCACUUGCACUGCUGUUGGACUCGCCGUCUUUGCUUUCAUCCGUCCUUCCGUCUGUCUGUCUGUCCGUCCAUUCUUUUGGUGCACUAAUAUCUGUCGCUCCGACACGCCGCCGGCACCUCAUCUCCGCCGCCAGUCACAAAUAUUGCCCUAACCAGCCCUUCCUGUUUUUAGACUUUGAGAAAAGGAAACAAGGCUUGUGUAAGCACAUUUGAAGGAAAGUGGAACAUUAUUUGAACUUAAUCAGGCCACUCGCUGCUCCAAGCCUCAGCCAUUGCCUCUGCCCUAAAUCUAUAAAGAUGUUAUUGUAGCAUAAUACUGCAGUAUGGUACCGAAAGAGACGGCGUGGAAGGGGUAAAACAUUCCCCGCAGCAAACUCUGCAGUGCCCCCCUAGCCCCUACUUUACACAAUGAAACGGCAGACCACGCUAUGAGAGAGGAGAUGCUCUACAAUCCGUACAUCCUCACAUCCUGUCCAUCUUUGGACAUCUUAGCCAGGGAGUUAGGCAUACUUUGCCUUAAGCUUAAGGCCUGUUUCCACUAAGUGUAUGUUAGUUUGGGGUUUCCUUGGUACUGUUUGAAACGGUAAAUCUUUAUCUAUCUGUCGUUAAAAGUUCUGUGUAACGUGACAAGGAGCAGAGCUAUGUAGUAACAUUAACCCUAUAAAACAACCAGUUGUCUUAAACGUUCUAUUCCUGACGUUGCACAUUCAAUUAUUUUAUUUAUAUAGAGCCAAUUCACAUCUCAUCGCUGUUGGGCAAAUCCUCACAUCUCCAAAAUCACUGCUUUUAAAAAAAACAAACAAAAUCUCAUUUUACCAAACACCACAUCAUUUUUUAACAAAGCAGGCUUACUUAUAUGUAUCUAACCUAACUAUUUUCAGUCUAUCUAAAAAAAACAUCCAGAUUUUCAAUCUUGAGUCGACAUAGUGCUGCACGGCUCCCGCAGAAUGAGGGAAGAGGCAGAGUUUUGCAAUGCUUCUCUGAAAGGUGAGCAUUCAAGAGAGUUAAUAGAUUUUUUUCAACAUUUGAAAUUGGUUAAUAAAGUGUAAAAAAUCAGAAAUGACGUGGUGAUAGACCAACAGUAUCGACUUGUAAAAAAAUACAGAAUUGACCAUAUUUGGACAUGCGAGGUUUCCACCGAACAGCGAUGAUAUGGAGCAGGCCUAGAAUCACACUCCUCCCACUCAUUGAGAGACCAACUGAACCCUGCAUGAGCAGGCACUUGGCAACGAAAUACUCCCUAUCGGGAGGAAAAGUGGAACAGACCCGUAACUCAUUGUGGGGUGGCCGUCUACCUCAACAGACUGCAGUGGAACCCUAUCGCUACUGUACUGUACUGCCACCACGCAAGGUUGCCUAAAAGCGUUACGAUGCAAAUGAUCAGUAUUUCGUUACCUUUCAAACCAUGUAAUAAUAGAGGUGUACCCAGGGAACUGUAGCACUUGGUGGGAACUUGGCUCUCAAUUUAGACAAUAUAUCACACUUUUGAGAUGGGAAGUGGCUUCUCUGGGCUUGUUAGGACCCACCAGAGAGAUGCUUGCAGAAUUAUUCGAUCUAAAAUGGUUGGCGUUGAAGAAGCCAUCCGUAAUGAGGACCAUGUGGGCUGAGAUGCUGUGCAUGCUGCGUGUAACUGCCACUCCCCCUUCACAUGCACUAACCCAUCCACACCCAGUUUAGUUUUCACCCCCACGAAAAAGCUCCCCCUUGCCAUGGCUCAGCCUGCUCUCUACUGCCCUCUGUACAGUUGAUCAAUUCCUAAAGUAAAAUAAAAAAAAAAAGCAUUAAAAAAGGCUCUGUUGAGCCAUCACCACCACCUCUGUGACUGAGCUAUCUGACUAACACACUUGGUGUUUUAUUAACCCUCUCCCUCCACACUCUCGCCUCCUCAGUUGUAUGUGCACCUGUGGCAGUGUGCUACUAAUACAGAUUAUGCUUUUUGUUAAAGCCAGUUUAACAAAAAGCUGCAUGCAGUUUUUUCUUUUGUUACAACCCUCUUCACAUUACGUUUUCGUGAAUGUUGAUGUUACUCUCUGUGAUUAUAAAUAUCCUUCGUUUGGUUUGUAUGUUUUGCUCUUUUUUUUGGUGAAUGUUAGACAAGCCUGGAAUAGUUAUAAUCACAAUAGAACACCACUUAAGAAAAUUUCAUUGACAUGUUUAUUUGUGCUUGAGAUUGUACUGUAGUGUGUAGUCUUGGGACAGUCUUGCAUUUCACAUAAUGUUUUCAGUUUUUUUUUUUUUUUUCUUUUUUUUUUUUUUUUCUUUUUUUCUUUCUUGCUGACCCAUACUAGUUACCUAAUGGUCUUGGGAGACAUGCACAUUUUGCCCCAGAGUGUUACAGGAGUUUCUGUUUUGCAUGUUCUUACGCUCCUGUUUGUGAUUCAUCUUCAGUUGGUGGAUUUUGGCAAUAAUAUUAAGAAACCGUUCAGAACAUUUAAACCUCAAAAUGAAAUGGCCUCUUUGCAAUUGAUGUGAGGACAAAUUAUGAUAAUGAAAUUAGAUAUAAAGCCAGGGUACCGAAUACCCUCAAAUAGUGACCUCCACUUUGAGACGCCAAGCCCUAAAUGACUGGCUUAGCGUGUCAUCGACUUGACACGAUACCACCGUGCGCAGUUGCAGUUGGCAUCAUUACCACAGCAAACGUAGCAUCUGUAAAGCUGACUGUUGUAUCUUGCGUGGAUACAAAGCUGGUCCAUUUAAACAUGUACUUGAAAAAGAAUUAGCAAUAUAUUUAGCGGUCAAUAUCAACAAUCCAUAUCACUUGUCCUUCUUAGUGUCGCAGGUGACUGGAGCCUAUCUCAGCUGACAAUAAAAAAGUAUUUAAUGAACUAUAAAAAGGGCAUUUUUUACAAGUAGAGCCCUCCUCAUAAUGAACGCAUUGCCCUGAUAGUUGGCCGGAAGUGUAGUAUGAAACUGCAGUGAGUAAAAACUACACUGCAUUGGUAAAUACGGUAGUUGCCACCUGCCUAAAAGUUCACUUAGUCCAGUUAAAUUAGGGUCUUUAAGCUAUUAAUACUAUUGAUUCCUAUGAGAAUUGUCGACCAUGAAGAUAAUACUUUUUUUAAAAGAUGCCUUUAAAAAAGAAAAUAAAAAAAGAACAUGCACAGUGGCAAUUUUUUUUUUUUUUUUUUCUUCAGUGGGGGCUACCUGCAUACAUCUCCCUCUUUUUGGCCUGCCCAUAUUCCCUUCACAUGUGCACAUUCUGUCUACCCUGGGCCUUGUAAUGGUAAUCCAAGGCCCCGCUAGCACCACCCCUGUCUCUUCCUCUUGCUUUUUUGUUUUGUUUUGUAUUUUAUUUGUGACAACUACGUGUUUCAUGGUGAUCCCCUGCCACCACCCCUCCUCCUGUCAUGGUUACAGAAUCACAGCAAGCUUGGAGUUUCUGGUUGUCAUUUUGUUACUGCAAGAUUUCCAUACUUGUUCUGUGUCACUUUUCUUUGUUUACUAAGAUCUUGCUCUGUAGUGGUUCAUAUAUAUAUCUGUGUGUGUAUGUGUGUGUGUGUUUGUGUACGUGUACAUACGUACGUACAUGUGCGCGCUUGUAUGUGAUGCAUACAUUGCCCUCCGUCCCCUUCCAACUUCUAGUGAUCAAUGCCAUUGCCUUUAAAUGGCUGUUCACACACUCCCACAUUAGGAUUGAUUGUACUGUGCAGACUACACAUAGCCUCAUUUAAUAGUAGAAAACCCAGCGCCCCUUAGCCUCCCACCCUUAUAUCCCAACACUUGUGCUGGAAGACACUGAUGUACACUUUGUAGUUGAUGUGGAUGACUUUAAUAAUGACGGUGGUGGUGGCUGUGCUGAUGAUCGUGUGAGCUGAGUGCAUUGUUUAGUUGUGUGAACCGUGAUUCCACGGGGAGGGAAAAGCUCCUCUUAUUAUUGGAAUAUUUCUGGUUUCUCUCCUCUCUCCUGUCUGCUAGGACAACAUUGGGCACCGGCUGCUUCAGAAACAUGGCUGGAAGUUGGGCCAGGGCCUUGGCAAAACCAUGCAGGCGAUUUGAUCCUGCCCAUGUUGUGCUGAUGGUAAACUUAGUGGUAAAUGUUAUUUUAUCCCCCAAUUGAAUUGUUUAUUUUUUGUUUUGUUUUUCCCCAAUUUCUUUGUUUCUCCUGUCAUCACAGCACCAAUGCUACUACAUAGGCUUUCAAUUCUCUCCGUAUUAGUCCUCAUUCUGCUGCUUGUAUAUAUUAUCAUGCAUUAUGUAUUGCCGUACUCUUAGAACAUUUUCAUUUUGUUUUUUGUUUUCUUUUUUAAAACCUUGUGAUUCACACCUUGUGAUUUAGAUGCACAUCGUUGUUGUCUGGUCCCUUUCUUUUUCCACUGGGAUGGGUAAUGUGGACGUAUUGUCACUGUUUGAAAGAUUGGUGAUAAGGUUUGGGAUGCAAUUGUUCAUUAAUCUUUUAAUUCUGGGCGGGGCUUGUGACUCCAUUCAAACGAACCACUGCAGUGGACUGACGUGCACGCCAUCUGCUGACCAGUAUACACAUUUAUCUCUAGAGCAACAUACCGGACAAUCAACCAUCUAGCCUUUUCCCCCUGAAUUAAGGCAUCAUCAGUGAGGCAGACAGUUGUACUGUGCCUUUUCCACUACACAGUAACCACUUGGCUCUUUGACACUGAGAUCCCACAAAAUUGCCAAAUAAGAACCGCCACAGUAGAUCCACAGUUUAUCCGCCUUUGCCUUUUAUACAGAAUCUAUUAAGUAGGGUAUUGCUGCGACGGACUGUUCUUUCACACAACGCCGCCCUGUCCUGCAACAAUUCGAUGCAAGAUGUAUAACAAGAUGGACAGCAACAAUUGCUUUGUACACAACAAGACAGGAGAAAUGAGUGCUAGGUUCACACUCCUGUCCUGGCAUUGCAAAAUACCCUCACACUCAGCCGUUUUCCCACCCCUGUUACAGUUCCUGUAGAGCCUCAAAAGCCCGAAAAUGUCCUAUUCGACUUUGUCCUCCCUGUUCUGUGUUGAUGCCGUUUAUACAAAACAGACGAUACGACCAGGUACUAUUCCUGGUUCCAAGCAUGCUGAUACCGUAUGGGUGACAUAAACCACUGCUGGUGACUCUUUGGUCAAGUACAUUAGUCAUUGCAUCAUUGUAACCCUUGUAAAUACACUCCUCAAAAUGACAAGAAUAAACACACAUGAUGAUGUUAACUGAAUCUGUGUGUCAGCUUGAGAUGCAGCAGUAUUUGACUACACAGUCUCCACCUUUCCCAAUUCUCUUUCUCCUCCAUUGUUAGUCUCUUGUGUCCAACUGAUGUGUCCAAAGCGACUUGAUUUGACCCAAAACAAGUGAAGAGAGAUAAGCCUGGCAGGUACUGUGCAGUGGAAAAGUUUCAAAAAGGUCUAGGGAGCUGACAAACACUGCAGUGGGACUGAGAGUCCAGGCAAGCUGUUAUGUUACAAUGCCUAGGCAUUUGUGAUUUCUGAAUUGAAUGUCAUUGGGCUGUAAUAACUCAAUUUCUAAAAAGGAAGUAAAGGAAACCAUUUGUUUGUUCUUAUCCUCCUGUGGGAAGAUAAGAACACUCUGUAGAGACUAAUGCAUUUAUCUUCAUGAAGAGAUGUAAAAGCAUCAGUCGUUAAAUAGUGAAGUAUUUACACGUCCAUACUUGUAGAUAUGUCAUACGCCCAAUGGUAUACAUGUGAGCGUGAUUCACUGCAACCAAAAGUAUGUGGGGGAGGGGGGAAGAAAACCUGAAACCAAACUGAAAUGAUAAUCAGUAAGAUUGGUUGUUGUAUCUGGCUGGUAAGAGGCGCAACACACACUGGUCCAAAUUCAUAUAUAAUAUAUAUAUUUUUUUAUUCUGAGAAUCCCUUUCUAUCUCUCUCUGCACCCCCUGCCCUCCUUACUACCCCUCCCCAUUUCCAUGCGUUAGCAGGUAAGUAUCCCCAUCCCUUGCACUGUCACCAUGGCGAUACCUUGGCCUGUGACGUCACUACUGCUGUAGUUCAUUGCUUGUCUUGUUUUUUUUUUUACUACAGUAUGUUUUUAUCUAUCUGCUUUGUUUGGCUGAUUAUGAGUGGAUUAAGCCGUUUACGUCUCAAUCUUCCAAGUAGUUUUGAUUUCUAUUUUUUAUUUUCUUUUGGUUGCUUUUGUUUAUUUUUCUCUACAGUUACUUUCCUUCUGAUCCAGCUCUUUUCACAGCUCACAGAUAAACUUUACAAAGAGGUUUGCGGAUACGUUUCAAACUCUGAACAGGGAAAUCAGACGACAGUCAGGAAGGGAUGGUGAUGCAGUAGGCUGCAGAAUACAGGGCAAGGCUUUGUUGUCCUCAUGGAUGAUGGCGCUUGUAUGUUCCAGCCUGUUGGAACUCCCUUUAAAUUCACACUUUAAACUGAUUGCAUAUAAGGUGCCACACAUUUAGAAUGUGUCACACAAAGCACAGCAAUCAUUCCUCUAAACAUGCUGUGUCAUCAGUAAGCUGUGAGAAUGGCUGGUGAUUGGUUCACUGUAGCUUUCUGGUCUCUGCACUUUUUUUAAAAGGCUAAUUUCUCUAACCCCAGCACCCAAUGCUCUUAAAAACAGGCUGUCUCCGAGCUGGCCUUCCACUCAGCGAGUUUAAUAAACAACUCACCUUGUUGUCUCUCUUUUUCUUGUUCCCUCAGGACGCACGGACCCUGUGCCCAUUAUUCUUAAAUAUGAUGUCAUGGGGAUGGGAAGAAUGGAGAUGGAGAUGGACUAUGCCGAGGAUGCCACAGAGAAAAGAAGAGUGCUUGAAGUGGAGAAGGAAGAGACAGAAGAACUACGUCAAAAAUACAAGGAUCAGAUCGAAAAAGAGAAAGCAAUCGCAAAAGCCCUGGAAGACCUGAGGGCUAAUUUCUACUGUGAGCUAUGUGACAAGCAGUACACCAAACACCAGGAAUUUGACAACCACAUAAAUUCUUAUGACCAUGCUCACAAGCAGAGGCUAAAGGAGCUCAAGCAGCGGGAGUUUGCUCGGAAUGUGUCGUCGCGUUCCCGCAAAGGUGGGAAGAAACAGGAAAAGAUGCUGCGUCGUCUACACGUGCUGGCGGAACAGAGGAAACAGCAGGACCGCACUCCAGGAAGUGGGCCCAUGUUCAAAACCACCACCGUGGCUAUAGAUGGCGAGAAGGCCGAAGACGGAGACAUCUUUGCCCCUAAAAGCGCUGCCGUGACAGAGACUGCCUUGGAGGUUUGUGUUGCAGACAAAAGUGAACAAGCCUCCCCUAAACCCGCACCAACGUUUAGCUUCUCCCUGGGGAAGAAGAAGAACUGUUCCUCGCCUGCCCCCAGCGCAUCCUCCAAAGUCAGCGUGUCCUUCUCCUUUGCCAAGAAGGCGCCGGUGAUGUUGGAGACAGUAGCCGCAGUGUUUACUGAUCCCGGCGAGGAGGUCAUCGAAGGAGAGGAUGGUGAGGAGGGAGAAAAGGCGGCAGCGCAGGAUGAAAUGUCCGCCUGCAACACUGAUAGCCCCAAAGGAGGCUUACGGGAAAGUGAUGUAGAGUCCAGCAGUGCGACCGGGACAGAGGAGGCACAGCAGUCAAACGACGGAAGCUCGCUGGCUUCCACGCUCAACAAGCUGAAAAUUAUGAUGAAGAAGGAGGAGGACUACUCAGGACAGGAGCCUCAGUACUACCACUACAUGCCCCCAGCGCACUGUCGCGUGAAGCCCCACUUCCAGUUUCUGCUCUUCAUGAAGGCGUCUGAUCAGAGUCAGAGUAAAGAAGAGGAAGAGGAGGUUGAGGACAGUUCUCACGAGACGGAGUCCAACGUUGUAGAGUGCAACAAUGAAGAAGACGAUGCCACCACUGCUUCAACCCCUGAAGCUCAUAAAACUCCUCCGGACUCCAAAGUGAAGGAAGACGACAACACUUCAUGCGUGGUAGAGACAACUCCCAAUCUUACUGCUUCCCCCAAGCAGAAAGAAGAAAGCCAACCACCACCAGAGGCUUUGGAGUCCAACUUGGGUCCCAAGAUCCCCGUGGGUCCUUUCUUCCCUGUGUUGAGUAAAGAUGAGAGCACCACACUGCAGUGGCCCUCUGAGCUCCUUGAGUUUACGAAAGCGGAACCCUCCCUGUCUUACAGCUGCAAUCCUCUAUACUUUGACUUCAAGCUGUCUCGUAACAAAGGUGUGCACCCUGGAAAGGCUGCAAAGUCUCCAAAGCCUUGCGAGCAGCCUGACAAGGAAAAGCAGAAAGAGAUAUCAGCCUCAAAACCAGAACCAGCUGCUAAAACAGUGCUCAACAGCGACGAGGCCGUCACGAAGGUCGAGCGUGGACAAUCCGAAGGCGACGAUCAAAAAGUGGCAACAAGGGACGGUAGCGCCAAGAAGAAGAAGAAGAAAAAGAAGAAGAAAAAGAAGCACAAGAAGUCGACAAAGCAUUCGAAGCGCAAAGCGAAAGGCAAAGAUGCAGAGGGCGAGACUGAGCCAAGUCAAGACACUCCCAAGAAGAAGAAAAAGCACAAAAGAAAGAAGAACAAGAACAAAGCAGCAGAUCAACAAGGGGCUGCAGGUGAUGAAAAGGAGAAUGCCAAAGUAAAGUCUGAAGAUAAACCAGAUCCUUCCUCAGUGCAGGCUUUAGCUGGAGGAGUUGUAGAAACUGGGAAGAGGAAGCGGGCUAUUAAGCGUCCACCUAGCAAGUCAGGAGUGGAGGAAGGCAGCACGGGAAAAAGCUUAGAUAAGGCCAUUGCCUCCGAGGAGCAUGGCAGCAACAAGCGACUAAAAACAGACUCCAGUCUGUCCCAGAGUGCCUCUUGUUCCACCUCUGCUCAAAAGAUCCCUGGUCCAGGAAGACCUCCCAGCAGCGAGAGCGAAGAGGAAGGCGGUUCCAGCAACCAGCAUUCGCGCCAUCACAGGUCAAGUCCUCGGGAAGCACGGCGUCACCAUAGCGAGGAGUCAAGGCGCUCCUGCAGCCACUCAUCGAGACAUGGAAGCAGCCGUCGGCGGCAUCACCGCGGCAAAACCUCCCAGAGUCGCUCUUACUCCAGCAGCUCUGAGCGCUCCUCGGCAGGGAGCAGCGCCUACAGCCACCGGAGCCACAGCUACUCUGACAGCUACAGUGACUACAGCACGGAGGGGCAUCAGCGUAGGCACUCCAAACGCUCGUCAGACUCCGACUAUGAGAGGCGGGGCAGCCGAGGGCACCGGCAGUCCAGGCGGCGCCAAUACUCCUCGUCCUCCUCUGACGAGUCCCGCUCACGGUCGCGCAGCUACAGCCGCAGGAAGCGACAUCGGCGGCACCACCGCAGCACCUCCAGGAGCUCCAGUAGCUGGAGCCGCAGCACCAGCGCAAGGUCCUGGAGGCGCAGCUAUAGCCGGAGCCGCAGCUCGGGUAGCCGUUCGUCCAGCUCCGCCAAGGGCUCCCCGCACCGCCGGAGCACCCGUAGCCGAGGAGCCAGCGAGACCCUCCGCAGGGACUUUAACCGUUCCAGCAUCUAUCGCUCGCAAUCCCCGCGGUCCACCUCACGCAGCCUUAAUCGCACCUCCACCGGCCCGCAGGCUCAGCGGCUAGGUGGCUCCCGGGAUGCAGGCGAGUACAAAAACUCCCUCACGGCACGCCAGCUCCUGGAAAAGAUUCAGUCGAAAAAGAAUUCAGAAGAUCCUGUCACAGGAAUGAAAUCUGGUUUAAAGAUCAAGGACCCACCGCAGGGAUACUUUGGUCCGAAACUACCCCCAUCGACCAAAAACAUGCUGCCGCUUUUUGGUAAACUUCAAGCAGGGAAGAAAGCUCCCGUGACCCCCGUGACCAGAACGGAUGAGGGUGACAAAUCUGGAGCAGGGAAGACCACAGAGGCUGAUGGAGAAGUUAUCCUAGUGGAGCCCAUAAGGGAGUUCCCUCCCCCGCCUCCGCCUACAGUUCCGCCAGUGCAGAAAGUCGAGGAAACUCCACUCAACGUUACGGUAGAGGAGGAGACGCAACACCUGACCGCAGAUGCUCAGGUGCUACAAGAACCCAGGCUGCUCUAUGAGCAGGACUCCUCCAUGAUGAUACCACAGUACCAAGGGGAACUGGGGCAGGAGCCCUCGCAGAACCCCAUGAUGGAGACCCUCAUGCCUGACAUCCAACAGCAGCAGCCCCCGAUGCAUGGCUACCCCAUGUACCCGCCGGCCGGCCUGGAGGAGGAUGGCCUGGAGGCGGAGGACGAUGGCCUGGCUCCCCUGGAGAGUCAGCCCAUCACAUUCACGCCGGAGGAGAUGGAGAAGUACAGCAAGCUGCAGCAGGCGGCGCAGCAGCACAUCCAGCAGCAGCUGCUGGCCAAGCAGGUCAAGAGCUUCCCGUCGGCCGCCGUAGCCGCCGUGGCCGCCGCUGCCAACCUGGCGCCGGCGCCGCCCCCGCCUGCCCUGCAGCAGAUCCACAUCCAGCAGCCUGCCGUGUCAGUGGCGUCAGGCACAUCCAUCGCCACCGUGCAGCAUGCCAUCCUGCAGCACCACGCUGCCACCGCAGCCGCCAUGGGCAUCCACCCGGCGCAUCACCCACACCACCCUGCCCAUGCUCAGCUGGCCCAGGUCCAUCACAUACCCCAACACCACCUCACCCCCAUAUCCUUAUCCCCCCUGGGCCACACCCUUGGACACUCGCUGGGACACGCUGGGCUGAUCCCCGCCCACCACACAGCCUUCCUCUCCGGGCAGCCCAUACACAUCAUCCCUGCUUCAGCGCUCCACCACACACCCUUGGCACUCCACCACGUGCCCCACGCUGCCCUCUACCCCACGCUCUUCACACCCAGGCCGUCACAGGCGGCGGCGGCGGCGGCGGCGGCGGCUCUCCAGCUCCACCCGCUCCUCCACCCCAUCUUCUCAGGGCAGGACCUCCAGCAUCCGCCUAACCACGGCUCUUGAGCAGGUGAGAAGUCCAACUGGACACUUGUUCCUCUCUUUUGGAACUUUUUUUUUUUCCAGAUAAUUAAAAAAAAAAAAAAAAAAAAAAAAAAAAGACUUUCUCCAGACACUGGUUUGUUUUUUCCGUGGGGUACGUAAACAGGAUCAAUUACUCUGGUUUUUUUCUUCUUUUUACCACUGGACAUUUUUUGUGCUAAUUUUACUCAUGUUCUUCUACAGCCAGUGACAAACAAAAUGGCUGAAGCCAUAACAAAAAUUAUGAAAUGAAGAUAAUAAUACAGGGGUGGGGAACCAUAUACAGCCCAUUUGACAUUCAAGGAGUAUGUUACAGGAAAAAGGUACCCCACCCAUGCUCUAAUAUGACUACUUUUACUUCCCUGCAGUAACGUGUACAUAUAUCAGUGUGCAAUGUGAAGAAGAAUUGGUGGCCCGGAUCAUCACGGCAUAUAGUUGCAUAACGAUAAUUCACUCCCCCCGCCUCCUCUCUAAUUUGUGACAUUUCUUGCACUGAAAUCUUGUUCAAGAUUGUAGUAUACUGCAGUAAUUUGUUUUUUCUGUUUUUAAAUUAUUUUCCAAGAUGCUCUUUUCCAAGAAGGGUGUUUUUUUUUUUGGUUGCUUUUUUUUGUACAUAAAGCUGCUGUAGAUUAACCUUGAAAUUAUAGCAGUCAUUAUUGGUCAACGAAGUUGCUCACCUCCUUCGACGGUGAAAUGUGUAAACUGUACCUACUCUGUAUUUUUCUUUAGAAACUUACUGUUUCAGCCAAUAAACCCUUGAGUUCAUGCCCUGUUUUAGUUUUUUUUUCAUACAUAAUUUAACAGUUAGCAAUAAGAUAGCAGCUACUAUCCAAGGAGACUGUAGGUGGCGCCAUUGUUUCUUGCAGUUCGAACUAAAACUACAUCAUGGUAUUGUUUGAAGUUUCUGUAAGGCAGGUCGACAACUAAGUUUGGCCCUGGACCAAUUUUUUUCCCUGAAUCACAGGCUGACAUAGCAUUUUCUACAGGCAAACCCUGCUUUUCCUACGAAAAAAACCAAACACCUUUUCCUCAUUUUUACUAUU